AAAAAAGUUAAAAGCGUCAGACACUAAUCGCUUCCUCUUCCCCGACCGAAAAAAUCGUUUCCUCAUCCCUCUGGCUCUCAUCGGUUUGCCCUAGACAACAAAGCCAAGUCAGUUUCUCUCUCUCUCUCUCUCCCCCUCCCUCUUUCUCUGUCCAGGAAGGAAGGAAGGAAGGAAGGAAGGAUGGCAAUUGUGGCUCUUCGCUCCGUGGUCGGGAAGUUGGGGAAUAAAUCUGUUUACAACAAUAUUAACAGAAGAAGAGUCAUGCUUGGGGCUUUCCGGAGCUUGGAUAUCACCAACAACGGAAGUCAGGAGGUCCAGCCGGCGUUACAAGGGCAUCGAAGUCCCGCUUUUUUUUCUCCUCGUGCUUUUCCUAAUGGGGGCCUUGCAAACAAAGCUGAGGAGAGGAAGGAUACCAUUCCCUACUAUGGAGUUGGACGGAGGUAUGAAGCUGCAGCAGGAAUGCUUCAACCUAUUCCUGUGGAUGAUCCCAAUGUUGUAACUCUUGCCCAGUUCGCAGUGACAAGCUUCAACCAGCAAAAGAAUGCCCAACUGCAGUUUCUGAGAGUGGUGAUGGCAAGCGAUCAGGGGGCACUUCCUUGUUGCCUUUACUAUCUGACACUGGAGGCUGUUGACGCUGGUGCCGUGAAAGUUUAUCGAGCACAAGUUUCUGUAAAUUUGCUUGAUGACAGCCGGGAGACAACAGUUUUUGGUCUCGUUAGUGAUAAUGGUGGUUUGCUAAAGCUAAUUGAUAACAGAGACAGAUGCGAGUCAAGAUUAACAAAUAACAGAGAUUAUGUCCGUCGGUACAUUUGGGACAAGUUGAUAAAAGGUGAUCAUGAAAGGAUUCCAGUAGAUGUAGAGGGACCUCCCUUGGAGGAAGUAACGCUGAGCAACUUGCACAAGUGGACUCUCCAUUAAGUUGUUUGAAGAGGGAGAUUUCUUCUAUAAUUUAUGCGAUUAGAAAGCACUCGAAAAUUUACUAGGUGUAAAAAGAUGAGUAUUACUUAUGGCGAGAGCAAACUAACAAUGUGAUGUUGUAGUUGAUCAACUCGUGCUUGAAACAGGAAUGGUAAGUUGUACCGUCUUAACCUUUCAUUGCGGUGGUUCUCGCAAUCUGAUUAUUGGCUGGCUCUUUUUGUAUCUAGGUCCUGGUUUUUUGGCUGAUCGAAAAGUUAUCUGCUUUCUUGUU